UCUGAUUACAGUAUGAUCUUUUAUUUUAAAACGCAUGACGGAUAUUGAUCUUCAAAAUAUUUACAUGGAGACGAUAUAGAUUCAUGUUCAUAAUGACGUAAUAGAACCAAAAGGAAAAAUGAAACUGGUUUUUAAAACUUUAUAUCUAUUCAGUUAUGUGACGGUUGUUUUCAUGAUGUGUUUACCGUCUGAAGUUUUAAUUCAGGAGACAAAAAUGUGUAGAGAAACGUGUACAUCAGAAACAUUUAUCUUUGACAAACAGUGUGUAACAACUUGUCCUUUUCGCUCCAAAAAACUAGAAACAGGGCUGGCGAAAUUUUGCCAUUUUAAAAACGAACUGUCGUGUCAGACUUCACUUUGUACUCACGAAUAUCCGAUUUGUUACAGAAUGGAUUGUCUGAAAAAAUGUCCAGAGUAUACAGUUGAGUACAACAAUACAUGUUUAAUGAAAUGUCCGGAAAAGGCGCCUUAUCUUACAUUCUAUGAUUGCGACGGUAUUUGUCUUAGAGGGAAUAAAUCGUGCUCAACAGUGUGCCCUGAAACACAUUCAUAUGUUUUUCGAGCGGAAUUUUUAAUGCGCUGUCUUAAACGUUGUCCAUGGUUUACGGAAUUAAUAUCAGAAAAUAAAAGUUGUAACUUAUACUGUCCAACAUUAAAACCGUUUUUAUACAAUAACACGUGUUAUGUUACAUGUCCAGACACCGCACCUUAUACAUCAAUAGCAAAAACAGAGUUCAAUGAAAUAUAUUUCUGUGUUGAAAAGUGUCCUCUGCAUACAGUCUAUGACAACAUGAGAUGUGUGGAAUCGUGUCCAAAGGGGAAACAUUUUUUUAACAAUUCAUGUUUAUCUGAAUGUCCUGCAACUCAUAAAUACUUGUACCCAAAGGCAAAAACUGUGAACGCUAACCAUAUACUGCAUUCUGAUUUUGCAGAAUUCGUUUGCGUGAACGACUGCUCUUCAAAAAUUACUGAUGGCAAUUUGUGUGUUGAUAAAUGUCCACCAAGUGGUGCUGAAUUUGAAUUUAAAGGUAACUGUUUAAUGGCAUGUCCUGAAGAUUAUCCUUAUAUAGAAACAAACAGAGGACAUCGGUUGAAAUGUGUUAAUAGGUGUACAUCGCUGAGGUUUAAUCAAACAUGUGUGACUUUUUGUCCCAAGAAUGCUAAAUACACAUUCAAUGGAUCAUGUGUAUCUAUAUGUCCCAACGACCAUCCGUUAAUAGAUCAUAGAGGCUUCGUAUGUGUAAAAACAUGCAAAAAGAAAGACAUUUUGCAUAAACAAAAUUGUUAUUAUUUUUGUCCUACAAAUGCAAAAUAUGAAUUCAAUGGAUCAUGUUUGAAUUCUUGCCCUGAUGAAUUUCCUUUCAUGAAGACUACACAAAGGAACGUAGAGUGCGUUAAAAGCUGCAAUCUAUUACAUUUUAAAAAUAGAUGUGUGGAAAUCUGUCCAUCUGAAGCAAAAUACAAGUACAACUCGUCAUGUGUAAACGAAUGUGGGGAUGAAUUACCAUUUCAGUACGAUGAACUAGUAAAGAAAAAGUCGUAUAACUGGUAUACACCUAUCAAAUAUGAGCAUAAUUACAAAUGCGUAACAGUAUGUCCUACACGGACAUUCCAGUACAAUAACUCAAUAUGUGUUUUGUCUUGUCCUUUAGACAAGACUUUCGAAUUCAAUAAUAUUUGUUAUGAUCAAUGUCCUGAUACACAUUUGUAUAAACAACAACAAGAUAAACAUAUUAGCUGUGUCGAUAAAUGCUCAACUCCAUUAGCAUACAAUACCACCUGUCUGACAAGGUGUCCGAAGGAAAGACAGUUUGAAUUGUCAGGUUCUUGUGCAGAAGAUUGUCCAACAGAAAAACCGUUUAAAGAACUUACAAGUCGUAAAACAUAUAGAUGUGUUGAUAAAUGCUCGACUCCAUUAAUAUACAAUACCACCUGUUUGACAAGGUGUCCUAGUGAAAGACAAUUUGAAUUGUCAGGUUCCUGUGCAGAAGAUUGUCCAAAAGGAAAAUCAUUUAAGGAACUUACAAGUCGUAAAACAUAUAAAUGUGUUGAUCUUUGCAGAAGUCUGGAAAUAAACGAUACAUGUGUGGAUAUUUGCCCUCCAAGUGCAAAAUUUAAGUAUAAAUGGACAUGUCUUGAGAAAUGUGAAAGUGAUCUUCCUUAUGCCUUUUUUAAUACUUAUACAUUUCCAUAUAUGUACCAUUGUUUAAAGAAAUGUUUCGCUGGUACAUUUAUUUACAACAAUACAGAGUGUGUGCUGGAAUGUCCAAAAGAUGCAAAAUAUCAAAAUAACAGUACAUGUACAAGUACCUGUGAUUUUGAUAGACCGUAUGAGUUCUUGGAUGGAUUAAAAUGGAACUGUUUGACAACAUGCCCAUCAAAUAAAUAUCUCUUCAAUAAUAGAUCAUGUCUGCAAGCAUGUCCUCGAGAAACUUUCAAAUUUAAAUUUGAUUGUAUAUACACUUGUCCUUCCUCACAUCCACUCAAUUACACAGACAAAUUAGGCACAUAUGAAUGUGUAAAAGAUUGUCCUCAUCAAACAUUUUUUUCAAAUGGUACAUGCUUUCAACAAUGUCCCGGUAACAUGAAAGGUCAUCGGUCAAAAUGUUUAAAAGAAUGCCCUGAAUCCCAUCAUUUCAUUGACGAAAAAUUACAGACAUGUUUACACAAAUGUCCAACACAUUUAGUUUUGAAAAACGAUCAUGUUUGUUCCGAAGAAUGUCCCAAAAGUGCGCGGUAUAUAGAAAACAAUAGAUGCGUUCAACGUUGUAACAAAUAUGAAGCAUUCAAUGAAUAUACUCGUCAAGGAAUUAUAUGUCAUGAAAGAUGUCCGAUUCAUUUGCUAUUACUAGAGACGAAAAAUCAAUGUGUGAAAAAUUGUCCAUAUGAAGCACGGUAUAUUGAAAACCAUAGAUGCGUUCAACGUUGUAACAAAUAUGAAGCAGUCAUUGAAACUACUGCGAAAGGCGAAACGUGUCAUGAAACAUGUCCGAUUCACUUGCUAUUUGAAGAGAUGAGUAAUCAAUGUGUAAAAAGUUGUCAAAGUGGUUUAAUUGUCGACAGUGUCUGCAAACAAAUUCGAAAAUGUCCUUACGAAAAAUAUAUAGAACAUUCAAUGAUUGGUAAAAGAUGCACACAUAGAUGCUCACAGAACUUUUUUCUUGUUGGAACGAAUUGUUUAAAAGACUGUCCUCCCGAAAAAAUGAUUGCUGGUGCUGAAUGUUUAGAUACAUGUCCGCCAUCAUAUCCAUUUAGUUACAAGGAAUAUACUUAUCGCAAUUCACAGGUAAAAUGCUAUAAACAGUGUCCUGAUGGUCAUGUUGUAAAUGGCACAACUUGUAUUUCUGAAUUUAGCUGCAAUAACAUAAUUUACGACAAUAGAUGUUAUGAUAAUUGUCCAACUGGAACAGUUCAAGUUUCUGAACACAAAUGUCAAUCGGUGACUAUUUAUGGAAUAUUAGCAGCAACAAGUGUAAUUAUAAUACUUCUAUCAGUUGUAUGUUUGAGUCUGAUCAUCUUCAGUAAUAAAAUAUUGAGAAACAAAUGUACUUUGAGAGGUAAAAAAGAUCGGGCUUCAACCAGGGCUAAUGUAUCAUGGAGGCAGUUAACACAGACAGAUGAUUUAGAAGCAACGGAACUUAAAGUAUUGAGUGAAAAUGUAGACCCUGUGUUACCAAUGAUAAAAGAGCGAACACUUGCCACGAAAAUUUAACGAAGUCUUUGAAAAGAGAAAGUGCUAGACAGAAUAUUUCUACAGUAUUCAGAUCUCGAAAAAAACAUUGUUCAACAAAAGAGAGAAAAAUAUUCAAAUUGAUAAUACCAUGCAAAACGCGACAAAGAAUAAAAAGACUGAAAAAAUAGACCAUAUCAAAAAACAAUUCCUGAUGGGUGGUAGCAUGUUCAUUUUAUUCCUUUAUUCCUUUCAGAUUACAUGAAACAUUUGCAAUAUUCACGCAACAUUGUCGUUUACAGUAUUUCUAGACCUUUAUAAAAUCGUUUGUUGAAACAAUAAAAAGAAAAAGAAACUUAGAAAUCUCGAUCUUUUUCUGAAAUGGAGUUCUAUCAAAACUUUUGAUUUUAAACCCUGCAUCCCAAUUGAUAAAUCGUUUUAAAAAAAAAUAAUCCACAACGCUUUUAACAUAAAAAUGGUAGCAUACGCUAUAAAUUUAUAACUUUGAUAUACCAUAAGGCAUAUUUUGUUAAUAGUGAACAAAAAAGGUUUAACAUGCUUCACAGAGGAACAAGUGAUCAGUAUGCUGGAGUUUCUUAUUGACAACAUAUUUGUUGAGUUUGGAGGUAGACCUUUUCGACAAAUGUCGGCAUUCCCUUUGAUUUCGCGUUCAGAUAUAUUGAUGAUGUUCUAUCCAUUAACAAUCCAUACGUUUUUAAUUGGGUUCCAUAAAUAUAUCCCCCAGAACUAGAUAUUAAAGAAUGAACAGACACGGCUUCCUUCUCUCAUUUUUAGCAUCGAAUUUGAUAUUUACGGGCAUCUCACUACCAGAAUUUAAAACAAAGGAGACAAUUUUGAUUUUGAAAUAAUCAACUCCCCCCACUUAAGUUGCAAUAUACCAACUUCACCUGCAUAAGGGAUAUACAUCUCCAAACUUAUUCGGUUUUCAAGAGCUUGCAGCUCUUACUCAUAAUCUCUAACUUCUCACUUCUCUCUCUCAGUUUAUGCGUAUGGAGUUAUGUUAAAAAACGUUUCGUUCUUUUCUCACCGAGUUCAUUGGAACGUACCAAGAACUUGUUGAUAUAUAUUCCGUAUCAACUUGAUAAAUAAUACACGACGGUCUUGAAGUAUAGAUUCUAGGUACUGACGUUGUUUAUCAUCU